UGAGUCAACCUGCUCUCCUUCCUUAUUACCCUUCAGCAUUUUGACUGCUGCUGCCAUUUUUCUCUGCUGCCUGCUUCCUUCACACAUCAGAAGCAAAAAUGGCAUCUGGAGUGAAAGUCGCUGACAGAGUGAAGGGACUCUACAAUGAUAUGAAACUUGUGAAAAAUGAUGCUGAUCAGAAUGAACGUAUAAGAAUUGUAGUAUUUGGCUUCAUUGAUGAUAACAUUGACGUGGAGGAAAAGUACCUCGAAAAAGAUCUGGAGGGCAAGGAUGUCUUCAAGUUUUACCAGAGUCUGCUGGAACCUAAAAAGUGCCGCUAUAUAUUGUAUGACUGCCACUUUGAAACCAAGGAAGCAAGUGUAAAGGAAGAACUGGUCUUUGCGCUGUGGUGUCCUGACAGUGCACGCAUCAAAGAGAAAAUGAACUACGCUAGCUCAAAAGAGGCUCUUAAGAAAGCCAUGCCAGGCUUGAAACACGAUCUGCAGUUGAAUGACUUUGCAGAUUGCAGCACCAGGGAUAUUUUCGCAGACAAACUGGGAAAAAACAUAGUCAAACUCGAGGGCCAUCCUAUGCACCCCACAGGACAAAGUUAAACAGCCUGCCCCCCCACCCUGCUGUUUCAAAACAAGGUCAAUUUAAAGGGAUUACAAAGGCAAAUGGCAAAAUUUCCAAAUCGACUUCAUAUUUUCUUUUUUGGAUUGGUUCAAUAAAGCUCGAAGAGAAGCGUUGGGCUCCUGAUGGGAUUAGAUCCUGUAACACAGACCUCCUGAUGCCCUAAUAAACUAACCAAUUACACCAGUCUGGUUGAAAUCAGUUUUGUCCAGAUGUAAUUUUAUUCAUACUCGGAUGUAUCUAUACAUAUAAAAUAAAACUAUUGACACAUUUAUAUUUCUCAAAGGUGUUUUUAUGCACAUGCAUAGUGUUUGAAUUCCGCUAUACUCCAGUAUACACCAUCGGUAUUCCUUUACAGAUUGGUUACUGAUGACAUGUUGAAACAUGUUUUGUUUUUUGUUUUUUCUUGACUGUUACACUUUUAUGGACACAAAGAAUAGUACAAAGAAAGUUUAACUGAAAAUGCAACGUUGUUGCACUGAGUAUUGUCAAAUAAAUGUAAUGCAGCCAA